ACAAGGUACCUGCUUCCCCUUUGCCUUCUGCCAUGAUUGUAAGGUUCCUGAGGCCUCCCUCCCCAGCCAUGCAGAACUGUUCGAGGAUCGCCUCUAGCUUCCCAGGACAGCCAGCCGUGGAUCCUGUGGGCAGGAGGGCUGCCAAGGCCCAGUUGGAGGCUCAAUUUAUGGCGGCCCGGGGGAAGAAGCAUGCAGGAAAGAAUCCAGUCCGUGAUGAAUGUGAGGAAAGAAACCGUUUUACAGAAACAAGGAAGGAAGAUGUAACUGAUGAGCAUGGGGAAAGAGAACCUUUUGCUGAAACAGAUGAACACACAGGGGCUAAUACCAAGAAGCCAGAAGAUACUGCAGAGGAUCUUACUGCAAAAAGAAAAAGGAUGAAAAUGGAUAAAGCUCACAGCAAAACAAAGAACAAAAGUAAACAUGCUUUGAGAAAAAAACAACUUAAAAGGCAGAAACGUGAUUAUAUACAUUCUCUGAAGUUGCUAAAUGUCCUUGAAGAAUACAUCACAGACGAGCAGAAAGAGGAAGAAGAAGAAGAGGGAGAAGAAGAAGAACUAAUUAAAAUAUUUCAAGAACAACAGAAGAGGUGGCAACAAUAUAGAAGUGUUAGGAGAGAGAGGCUGAAAGAGAUGAGGCUGCUACGUGACCAAUUCAUAAAGGCUCUUGAGGACUUUGAAGACUUUUGUGACAGAUUUUUUUCCGAUGAAGACAGUGAACUUGAUAACUAGACAUGUUUUUAAAUAAAAUCAUGUCAGAACUCUUUUGGAAAAGUUGGCACUUACCCAGUUGUCUCUUCAACCUCUGUUAUUCUGAUGACUGAAGAAAGAACUUGAACCUAUGUUAUAUGAUACAAGCACAACUUGAGCUACAGUAAACUACAUGACAGUGUUUUGAUAAUUCUUGUAUAAAUCGGUAUAGCUCCUCUGUCAUUUGUCUGUUAAAUGCCAGACCUCGUUUCUAUGAUCUGUUGAAUGGAUCCUAGACACUUCUAUGAGAAGGCAUCAAUUGCACAGUUAUGUACACGGUCAAUUAAAUUUUAACAUUAAAGAUAAUUUAGAUUUCGGUUCAACUCUGUGGAUCUGUAUCAGUUUCAAAAACGUAGAAAGCACGGGCGUAGAAAAGUACAUUUUUCUCUAAUAAAAGAAGACACCAAGCCUGCUGGGUGCGGUGGCUCAUGCCUGUAAUUCCAGCACUUUGGGAGGCCGAGGCGGGUGGAUCACUUGAGGUCAGGAGUUUGAGACCAGCCUGAACAACAUGAUGAAAC